AUGUUCCACAAUACCAUGCUCUCCCGCAUCUCUGGACUCUUCCGGACCAAGCCGCGUGACCGGUUCUCUGUAGACAUGGUCAUGUUCUACGGCGAGGAGCUUGCAGCCACGCCGGUGGUGACGGACAAGACGGCCGAGGGCGUGGUGGAGAUUCUCCGUGCGGUGGCCGAGCUGGUCAUCUGGGGCGAUCAGAACGACGGAGCCAUCUUUGAUGCCUUUAUGGAGGUUGGCAUGUUGGAUGCCCUCUUCCGCAUUCUCAAGCAGAAUCCUCCGCAUGUGGUGGUGGUCCAGGGCCUGCAGACCCUCUCCAUCCUCCUCUCCCAGAUCACGGCCCAGACCUCCAUCUACUUUAUCCUCUCCAACAACCGCAUCAACAACAUCAUCACACACGCCUUUGACUCGUCAAACGAAGAGAUCCUGGCCUAUUACGUCACCUUUCUCAAGACCCUUGCCCUCAAGCUCGACAACACCACCAUCCAGUUCUUCUUCAACGUCGAGGAGCGGACCUUCCCACUCUACACAGAAGCCAUCCGCUACUACAACCACUCCGAGUCCAUGAUCGCCGCUGCUGUCCGCACCCUCACUCUGCAAGUCUUCCGCAUCCCCAAUGCUGCUCUCCGCACCUUUCUUGUCUCGCCGCCCGUCGCACCCUACUUUCCCGCCCUCAUCACCACCCUCGCCACACACGCCCACCGCCUGCAGGCCGCCGUCACCGCCGCGUCGUCCGAUCCGGCCUCGGGCCCGGUCCGCGUCCGUGCUGCGCUCGACGCUCUCCUCGAUCACCUCUUCUACAUCCACGACAUCUACGCCCUCGGCCUGGCCGGCAUCAACUCCGUCCUCACUACCUCGCUCCUCAACGACCUCGUCCGCCCGGUCCUCGUUGCCUCGGUCACCCGAUCCUCGUCCGAGCUCUCGUCUGAGCUCGCCCUCUUCCUCCUUGCCCAGCUCUUCCACACCCUCGACGACCCACUUCUCAUCCGCGCCCUCACCUCGGCGCUCCUCACCGAGGAUGUGGCUGUGCGCCAGGCUCUCGUCGCUGCCCUCAAUCUUAACGUCGGCACCGACGAGCUGGCGCUCCCGGCCCUCGCCUGCCUCUACGCUGUCGUCAGCAACGAUGCCGUCCGCUCCCGCGACCUCGCCGCCGCCGGCCUCGCCCGCGCCCGCCCGCUCUCGCUCACCUCGCUCGCCUCACUCGAGGAUCGUGAGUCGACCUCGUGGGGCAACUCGUCGCAGUUCUCGUCGUGUGACUCGGAAAUCGCCGAAGCCGAGCCGUCCGACUCGCUAGCAACUGAUCUCUCAGCCUCGGCUGCCACGGAUGCCUCGACUGUCGAGCCCGCGCCGCCCGCCGAGCACAACGAGCCAGCGCCUCUUCCCGCACCGUCUCUCAGCCUCCUCUCGCUCCCGUCAUCAUCGCCGGCCGCCUCGCCAGCGGCGUCGGCCACCGACUCGCCGUCAGCCCACGACGCAACCCGCUACGACACACCAAGCCUCGACACUCCGUUCCCAGACGCGUUGCUUGUCACCAAGCUCCUCCUCCUCGCCCACCACCCAACCCGCUCGCGGCUCGCCACCAUGCAUCUCACCACCGCGCUUCUCAGCCUCCUCCUCGGCUCAUCGCUGCCUGCCCAUCCUGCGCUCCGCACCUUGUUUGACAUUGCCUACGUCCUGGUUGUCGAGCGCCUCCGCUCAGCCUUCUUUGAGCUCCCGCUCAACCUCUUCACUGCCAUGUUUGAGGACGAGUACCUCGCCGCCCAGCGCCCGCCGCGGCUGGACCACGCUCUCGCCGACCCGAGCCUCCUGCUCCCGGUGGCGCGGACCUCGCUCUCGGGCCUCGAUCUUGCAAAGCGUCUGCCAUCCGGCGAGCUCGAAGACGUCACCCGCGCCCUGCAGACCUUUUUUAUCUUUCGCAACGCCAAGGCCACGCUCCUGCCACUCACCCUCGCGUCGCCAGCCGGCCUUCCGUGGAUCGACGCCCCGCCGCCGCUGGCCGUCGGCGACAGCAUCGCCCUACAGAGCCUCCAAUCGCCUCCGAUGCCGUGCACCGGCUCGCGCGACGCAGACACGCCCGACGCUGCCAACGUUCCGCGAAUGCUAGUCAUCGCGCCGCCGGCUGCGCCUCACCUGUUUGUUCUCGUCGAGCGGCCUGCCCCCGAUGCCGGCGACGCCACCGUUGUCCUUGUCGGCCACCUCGCCGGCCUCGCCGUCACUACCGACGCCACCGACAUGUCUGUCAUCCACGGCCUUGUUCAGCCGCCAUCACCGCUCCUCCGGACCCGCAAGUGGUCGUUCUGGGCUGCUUUCCCCUCCAUGUCUGACGCCCUCACCGCCAAGUCGGAGCUCGAGCGCGGGCGCGCGGCCGCGGACGCCGCCCGGCUCACCGCCAUCGCCAACCACAUGGGCGUCGCGCCAUCGUCGCUCACACACGCUCUGUAGCCAAGCAACUUGCAACGCUUUUACACCACCAGAAAGUCCGAGUCCUCGUCAGAGACCUCCUCCAGCUCGCCUGCACCGCGGCAGCCGGCCACCACGUCGCCCUCGCACCUUUUGUGGAGCGCGAGGCCGCACAACGAGCACUCGAGGCAGGCUGACUUGAACAGGCCAAACUCGAGGAGUUCCAGGCAGACGUCGCAUGGCUUGUUGCGGUAGCGCUUGCACUUUUCAAACGAGUGCUCGCCGAGCGUGGUCACCGUCACCACGUUGGAUGGGCCCGAGGCUCCGACCUCGUUCCGAGCCACCAUCACAAACGAGUACUGCGUCGACGGCGAGAGCGUGCCAUCGACAGAGGUGUAGCGGUCACCCGAGGAGAAGACCGAGGAGAAGACUCCCGGCGCCUGCGCGUUGACCCCGGCGAGGACCGCUUCAGCUCCGCCCUCGG